AUGGCUUCAUCAAUGGAAGUCGAAUGCUACCUCCUCUCCCCCACCACAGACGCGCCGAAUAGCCCCCUCCCCGUCAUCCACUACAGAAAUGUCCUCCCGGAACCCCGUGACGAGGACACGGUGACCGAGUUCCUGACCCGGAACCGGUGGGAGAAGAGGUUCGUUCCAUAUGACGUCUUGCCUUUCCAACUGACGCUUUCCGCGCGGGAACGCGGAAAAAAGGGUACCUGGGGCCACAUCCCCAUCCGCCAUUUCCACCCAAACAGCCACGAAUGUUACGGCAUCUUCAGCGGCAACUCUACCCUCCUCAUUGGCAAAAUAAACGAAGGCACAGGCCAAGAGAUCUCCGUCUCAACAGGCGACGUCAUCGUCCUUCCCGCAGGGACAGCACACUCUUGCCUCGAGAGCUCAGAAGAUUAUCGAUAUAUCGGCGUCUACCCCAAGGUCAGUUCAGUUCAGCUUCUGGCUUACACGAUACACACGAUCCAGGGGUGUCCGAGGUGGGUAAACGAAAUGGGCAAAAAGCCGGCCGGCACGUUUGGCUCCGUCAUCAGAGACGUGGGGAUGCCGGAGCAAGAUCCAGUGUACGGAACAGAUGGACCACUGAUGAGACUCUGGCAUCGAAACAUCCUAGCGAAAUUGUAA